AAAAUGAUAUUUCUCACGGCGCUGUCUCUGUUUUGGAUUAUGAUUUCAGCCUCUCGUGGGGGUCAGUGGGGCGCCUGGAUGCCGUCAUCCAUCUCAGCCUUUGAGGGCACGUGCGUCUCCAUCCCCUGCCGCUUCAGCUUCCCUGAUGAGCUGCGGCCGGCCGUUGUGCACGGCGUCUGGUACUUCAAUAGCCCCUAUCCGAAAAACUACCCGCCGGUGGUCUUCAAGUCACGCACGCAGGUGGUGCACGAGAGCUUCCAGGGACGCAGCCGCCUCCUGGGGGACCUGGGCCUGCGCAACUGCACCCUUCUGCUCAGCAACCUCAGCCCUGAGCUGGGUGGCAAAUACUACUUUCGAGGGGACCUGGGGGGCUACAACCAGUACACCUUCUCUGAGCACAGCGUCCUGGACAUCAUCAACACCCCCAACAUCGUGGUCCCCCCGGAGGUGAUGGCUGGCACAGAAGUGGAGGUCAGCUGCAUGGUGCCUGACAAUUGCCCGGAGCUGCACCCAGAGCUGAGCUGGCUGGGCCACGAGGGGCUCGGGGAGCCGACUGUGCUGGGGCGGCUGCGCGAGGAGGAGGGUACCUGGGUGCAGGUGUCGCUGCUGCACUUUGUGCCCACCAGGGAGACCAACGGCCACCGGCUGGGCUGCCAGGCCUCGUUCCCCAACACCACUCUGCAGUUCGAGGGCUACGCCAGCCUGGACAUCAAGUACCCCCCGGUGAUCGUGGAGAUAAACUCCACGGUCGAGGCCAUCGAGGGCUCCCACGUCAGCCUGUUCUGCGGGGCCGACAGCAACCCACCGCCGCUGCUGACCUGGAUGCGGGAUGGCACGGUGCUCCGGGAGGCCGUGGCCGAGAGUCUGUCCCUGGAGCUGGACGAAGUGACCCCCGCCGAAGACGGCGUCUACCUCUGCCUGGCUGAGAACACCUAUGGCCAGGACAACCGCACCGUAGGGCUCAGCGUCAUGUAUGCACCCUGGAAGCCGACAGUGAACGGGACAGUGGUGGCCGUGGAGGGCGAGACAGUCUCCAUCUUGUGCUCCACACAGAGCAACCCGGAUCCUAUCCUCACCAUCUUCAAGGAGAAGCAGAUUCUGGCCACGGUCAUCUACGAGAGUGAGCUGCAGCUGGAGCUGCCUGCCGUCACACCCGAGGACGAUGGAGAGUACUGGUGUGUGGCUGAGAACCAGUAUGGCCAGAGGGCCACCGCCUUCAACCUGUCCGUGGAGUUCGCCCCUGUGAUCCUCUUGGAGUCCCACUGUGCAGCAGCCCGCGACACGGUGCAGUGCCUGUGCGUGGUGAAAGCCAACCCGGAGCCGUCCGUGGCCUUCGAGCUGCCCUUGCGCAACGUGACCGUGAACGAGACGGAGCGCGAGUUCGUGUACUCAGAGCGCAGCGGCCUCCUGCUCACCAGCAUCCUGACGCUGCGGGGGCAGGCCCAGGCCCCACCCCGGGUCAUCUGCACCUCCCACAACCUCUACGGCACCAAGAGCCUGGAGCUGCCCUUCCAGGGAGCCCACCGGCUCAUGUGGGCCAAGAUCGGACCUGUGGGAGCCGUGGUGGCCUUUGCCAUCCUAAUCGCCAUCGUCUGCUACAUCACCCAGACGCGCAGAAAAAAGAACGUGACGGAAAGCCCCAGCUUCUCGGGCGGGGACAAUCCCCCCGUCGUGUUCAGCAGCGACUUCCGCAUCUCCGGGGCGCCAGAGAAAUAUGAGAGCGAGAGGCGCCUGGGAUCAGAGAGGAGGCUGCUGGGUCUUCGGGGAGAACCCCCGGAGCUGGACCUGAGCUAUUCACACUCGGACCUGGGGAAACGACCCACCAAGGACAGCUAUACCCUGACGGAGGAACUAGCCGAGUAUGCUGAAAUCCGCGUCAAGUGAGGGAGCCGGGGACACCCUGUGCGGUCACCCACCCCCUCCAAGACCCUUGCUGGCCCCCACUGGCUGUGGGCUCCCUUCCUCCCCAAAGUCGUGGGGGCUGGGGCAGGGAAGGGCCGGGGCAGGUGACGGAGAGCUCUGGGGGCCUGGCCUCCCCCUCCUUCCAGCUGCCCCUGCCCCGCCAGCACCCCACCUCCACCUGUAGCUUCCCUCUAACCUCCUUUAACCUCAUCUGUCUGGAGGGGAGCUCCGUCUGUCCGUGUUAUUUAUUGCUACCCCCUGCCUGGUCUCCUGCCCCCACACCUGGCCCCAGGACCUGUACGGAGGGAUG